AUUAUCCCCACCUCAAUGCCAUUCCCUCUUAGACCAGUUGCACAUUUUGAUUUUUUUUAUUUGUUAUCAUGUAGGGUGGCUUUAGUUGGCAUUUGCAGAUGACAUGGUGGAUUGUCUUUACAGACCUUGGUUAUUAAAAACUUGAAGCCUAAUUCAAAUUUGUAAUUAAUUCCAGGUCAGAUUCUCCUGGGCACUGCGCGAAGUAUGGAUCCUACUCUCUGAUCGAGGACAGAGUGAACAAGGUGGUGGAUGUUCAGCUUGUUCAGAGCUCAGAGGUCCCCAACAGCUCAUGGUGUGAGCUUGAAGGGCUCAAGCGCAGUGUUGGCCUGCUGAGGGAAAGGACCUGCAUUUAGCAACGCUGAUCACGGACCGUCAUCGCCAGGUUGCCAAAUGGGUGAGAGAGGAGCUGAGCCCUGAAGGGACACGGCAUUAUUUUGAUGUGUGGCACAUUGCCAAAAGUCUGGGGAAGGCAUUGGAUGCAGCUUCAAAAGAGUGUGACCAACUACAGCUGUGGAGGCCUGCUAUAGUGAAUCACCUCUAUUGGACUGCAGCCUCAACCCCAGACGGCAACCCAGCAGUCAUGGAGGCUAAAUGGAAAAGUUUAGUCAACCACAUCCAGGACAUCCAUGACCAUGACACCCCUGCUUUCUCCAGUUGUGCCCAUGGCCCUCUAGACGGGGAUCAGCGCAACAAAGAGUGGCUGGACCCAGGCUCAUUGGCAGCAGUAAAGUUGGAGAACAUAAUCACGAGGACUGCCUUACUGAAAGAUGUUCGACAGCUGUCUCCACAGCAUCAGACAUUCUCCCUUGAGGCUUACCACUCCCUCAUCUUGCACUUCGCACCCAAGCACACAUGGUUUUCAUACGUUGGGAUGUAUAGCAGGCUUCUCUUAGCGGCGCUGCAUUACAAUCACAAUGCCAACCGCGAGACAGCACGGAAAAGUGAUGGGACGGAGAAGUACUGUGUGCGGUAUCCGCGCUUCAGAAAAGGUGCCCAUGUGGUGCGUCCCAUCAAAGAGGCAGCCUCAUACGGUUAUGCAACAUCAUUGAUGAAGGCCCUUCAGGAAAGCUACACCCAUUCACCUGCAGCUCUUCGAGAGACAAGUCCAAUGAUUUAGUUGUAAGUAUUUAUUUUAGUUGUUAUUUAUCUUCUUUCCUUCUGUCCCUGUCAUCUCAUUUGGUGGUGGUUUCCUGUAUUCUGCAUGUUUUGUGUGUUGUUGCUUUGGUUUUACUUUGCACUAAAUCAUUACUUUUUUCGUCUUUGUAAGUGGCAUUAAUUGUCGCUGUACCCCAUUCAAGGGGUCCUGCAUGCUGCAUGUCUGCUCCUCUGUCUGUUAUUUGCAUGAAAUUUGUUUUAUGUAAUUCAAAAUAAUUUAUCAAUCAUUUUACCUGUGCCUUGUCAACCUCUGUGUGCGGUGUUGUCUGGGUUCACUGUGUGUCAGCUUGAUAUGCUUUUGCAUGUAUCACUGCAUAUGCAUUCAUGAAAGAGUGUGACUGUGAGUGACUGUGUGUGAGUAAGUGAGUGUGAGUGAGUGCGAGAACCAUCAGUUGACCCUCAGGUAAGACCACACUUUUGCAGGCAAAAGAAACAAUGUGCAAAGGUUUCAGGUCUAGCCCUUCAUCAGUGGGCUUUUUUUAUAUAGAUUUGUUUACUUGCAACCUGUGUCUUUGUUCAGUAAUCCUUGUCCAGUAAAUGUUUAGUAACCCUUACAAGCAAUGCCAAUAAACUGUUUUUUCUUAUUAAAAUUCAUGUGUUCUGUGUACUUUAUAACAUUUUAAGGGCAAUUGGGCGAUCACAACAGAAUAAACAAUUAUUUUUAUUCAUUGUCAUCCAAACGAGGCCAUUGAAAGCCAUGAUAGGUUUGGUCACCACUUUGGAAGUUUUGUCUGAUGGUUGAAACCACACAAGAGGGUAGAGGCUAUGGAAGCUUGUUUC